CCCCGCGCGGCGGCCGGAGGAGGGGGCUUCCCCGGAGGAUGCCCGGCGGCGGCUCCCCGCUCCCGGGCGCUAGCUGAGCCGGACCCGGAGCGGGCGGCGCGUCGCCAUGCCGGCGUGACGGGCGCCCCCGGCUGCCCGCGCGGGCCCCCGCGCUGCCCCACGCCGCGCCGCGCCGGCGCCGGGCGGCAGGAUGGGCUGUAUCCAAAGCAUCACCUGCAAGGCGCGGAUCCGGCGCGAGAACAUCGUGGUGUACGAUGUGUGCGCCACCAUCGACCAGUGCCCCACGCGCAUCGAGGAGACCUCGCCCAUCGUCCUGCGCUACAAGACCCCCUACUUCAAAGCCUCGGCCCGCGUGGUCAUGCCCCCCAUCCCCCGCCACGAGACCUGGGUGGUGGGCUGGAUCCAGGCGUGCAACCAGAUGGAGUUCUUCAACACCUACAGCGACCUGGGCAUGUCAAGCUGGGAACUACCUGACUUGAGGGAAGGGAGAGUAAAAGCCAUCAGUGACUCAGAUGGGGUGAGCUACCCUUGGUACGGGAACACCACGGAAACUGUGACCCUGGUUGGUCCCACGAACAAGAUCUCCAGGUUCUCCGUCAGCAUGAAUGACAACUUCUACCCAAGUGUGACGUGGGCAGUGCCAGUGAGUGACAGCAAUGUACCACUGCUCACAAGGAUCAAGAGGGACCAAAGUUUCACUACCUGGCUGGUGGCCAUGAAUACCACCACGAAGGAGAAGAUCAUUCUACAGACCAUCAAGUGGAGGAUGAGGGUGGACAUUGAGGUGGACCCUCUUCAGCUCUUGGGGCAACGGGCUCGGCUGGUGGGCAGGACUCAGCAGGAGCAGCCCCGGAUCCUGAGCCGGAUGGAACCCAUCCCCCCUAAUGCACUAGUGAAACCCAAUGCCAACGAUGCCCAGGUCCUCAUGUGGAGGCCCAAGCGAGGACCACCUCUGGUUGUGAUCCCUCCUAAGUAGACACAGACUUGCCUGACUGUGUGUGGAACACAUGGCGCUAUGACACGCAGUGAGGUUGCCAGGGGUGGCAGGAGCCAAACUGAGUUUCUGAGCCAAAGCAGACCUCUUGGUUUGCCAGCCUUUGCAGCCACUUAAGAAGAGCAGGCCUGCUUCUGGGGCGGCAGAACCAUAAUCCUUAGGAAAAGUCCCUUCCUUUUAGGAAUAAAGAAAUCACUGAUUUGACAGACUUGCUGCGAUUACCAUGCAAGUAGCCAUAUUUCGGAGCUGACCAGGAUGAUUCUUUUACCUGAACUAUUGACCAUUUCUUUCCUGUGAGAUGCAGGGGAUGGAAACAAAAUUAAACAGUGCCUAUGGCAAAUGCUGCUUUCCAACCAAUUAGAAGUGGGAGUGAAAACAUCCACACCAGGUGUCACCUGGUAGGACAAGGCACGUCCGGCAAGCAGAACCACAUGGCAGAGACUAAAGAGGAGGAAGGAGCCAUGGCUGGUGGUUCUAGAAGUGGAAGACCUGGACAGCUGAUUUCCCAUGAAAAUGAGUGCCAUUCUGUCUCCUCGCCGUCCUGUCACCCCAUGACCUGUAGCCCCUCCUAUCCCACGACGGGUCAUGCAGCACUCCCCAUGGACUGGCUGGGCUGGCUGCUCAGCCCUCGGUGGGCUGCGCUGAAAUGGGAGCUGUGCCUGCCGUAUCUUUGUGUGUGAAAAGAUUGGGUCCAUCCAGAUCUCAAGUCCAUCCCUGACCCUCUAAGUGAAGCUGCCCAGGGAGAAAGAGCUGGUCAACCUGGACUUCAGACACCUAACAUGGCCCAGCCCUGGUUUCCAAACUCUUGCCUUCCUUCCCUACGCUUUUGGGUGGGAAACGGUGGGAAGGCGUGUCUCCCCUUUUCCUCCCUUCUCCAUGUCGGGGGGCCAAUGUGGAUACUCUUCUCGAGAUUUCUCUGAUCCGUGGAGCCGGGGCCGAAGCAGUCCUGCUCCCCUGGCAUGACCAGGCUGGGUGUCUUCAGGGGACCAAGGGCAAAGUGCAUGUCAGCAGGACUGAUGGGGAAAGGGGAGAGCCACCCUAAGAGGGCAAAACCGUGUGCAUUGUUUUAUUUAUUGGGUUAUUGAUUGGCUUGCUUUCUGGUUGAUUCGUUUAGAAAAUAUGUAUUUAUUAUACAGCAGAAAAUCCACUUCCAUCUUUGAGGCAUUCAGCCCCAGAAUCUGUCUUCUUGGCCCCGUAGAGCACAGUGAGUGACUCCUCUCUGAAGCCACAGAAGAAAGGGCGGGAAUUCUCUCUCUCUACCCAAACACUUCCACCCCAACCUGAUUUUCAGCCAGAAGUAGGGUUAGAAACCACCAGUUCUAGUCAUGGUAAAGCCACACAAAUCAGCAAACAGAAGGUCAGCUGUCCAAGUAGAAGCUCCCAGCAGCCCGUCCCCUCUCCCCGGCCCUCUAUGCAUUGGGGGGGGGGGGCAUCUCGGAUCUAGACUUCUCCUUCUGCUCUGGGGCUGCCUUCCAAAGGCCGCAUGCACAUGAGAGAUGCCUGAGGAGUUUAAAAACCAUCCAUACCCGGUCCCCUCCCCAAUUCAUUACAGCAGAAUCUGGGGCUACAGCCUGGACGUGGGCGUUUUUAAAAGUACCCGUAUGAUCCCAAUGUGAAGCUAGGCUUGGGAAGCGCUUCUAGUGUUUUUUCCCUUCAUCCCUCCCAUCCAUUCACAUCCUUUAUCCUCUACUUCCGAAGCUUUCUGCCUCGCCAAGAAUGGGAGCGGCCACUGGGAAUGAGAAAUCUCUUCCCACUUCUCCAGCCCCUCCUCCUCACUCAACCUACCCGUCCGGUCAACCAGCCUGAGUAGAUCCCCAGAGAGUUGGCAGGUCCCAGCAUUUUGCACCCCAAGGCUGGUGCCUGCACCCAGCCCAGGGGCUCUCAAACCGUGUCCAGCUUUCCUAGGAACAGAAACCUACUCCCCACCAGAUUCUCUCUCCACCUGCCCUGGACUGCCCAACUCCAGAGGUUUAAAGGGCACUUUGGUGACUCCAAAUCUCAAUCCUGAUGGGAAGGCCUGUGCUGAGUGCUGUUAACGCCGGCCGUUUCUGCAGAGCCGCCCGAAGUGAAUGAGGGCGACGGUGACAGAGGAAGGAGUCUCAUCCCCCCGAGCCAAUCCUUCCCCCCAACAACAGCGCGGCAUCCAAAUCCCAAAGGGCUGAGAAGUGACAUCUCCCUCUUUGCACUUACAAGCUCUCCAUUGCUGAGUGUGAGUGAAUGCGUGUGUGAAUGUGUGCAUGUGUGUGAUGUUCAUGUGCUGCAUAAAACCAUCGAGAUCUAUAGAGAUGUGCCAUGUUCACAGUGGGCCCAGGUGAAUUCUGUAUUAGAUAUAUACACCAGAAUUCUGUAUUAGGUAUAAACAAACUGUUUUACACACACACACACACACACACACACACACACAGCGCCUAGGGAAACCUGGGAUGUGGGAGGAGGUGUCUUUAGUACUCCAUCUCCCUCAUCGGGUAAUUUCCUGGGGCGAGUACUAGUCCACACACACCCUCCGCUGCCCAGCCUGUCCACUCCUGUGUCCCACCAAGCCUUCAUUCCUCCGAUCCCCAUUAGACAGAAUGUCCCUGCCCUACGUCCCAUCUCUCAGGGUCCUCCUCUCUGACAGGUGACAGACGGUUCAGUCGGUGGGUGCUAAAGAGUUGAGUGUUAUCCCUUCCAGGUGACAUGUAUGUUUUAAUUGGGGCUACAGGUAAUGCCUUAAUCCAAAGGAGAGGCUCUCACGGUGGGCAUCUCGGGCACAGCAGUGGGCCAGUACGGGAGAUUAUCUUUUAUCAGGGGAGCUUUUUAGAGCACCCCCCAACCCUACCUAUCUCUAAGAUCAACCCUUCAUAAGUACAUGAGCACAAGAAAGGACACGGAUCUAAGUACAAUUUCCAGAAUGCUGACACACGUCCCUUGUGUUGGCCCAAAGUUUGCAAAUGAAAAAAAUUAGAAGAAGGAACAGCUAAAUUAAUUGAAACCUCACUGGGAAAUGUAGCCUCUAUUUCACUGGCCGCCAGCCCCUGGCCCACCCCCACCUUUGUUCCAUCUCCCUUCUGCUCCUUCUCUUUUCUACGACCACCCCCAUCCGUUAAUUUACCCGAAAGUUUCCUCUCUGUGUCCCCCUCCCCUUCCCCCUCCAACAAAUGUAUUUCCUUCCCUCACUGUUUCCUGUUUGGAAUUGUGCUGUUUUUCGGUGUUGUCUGGACAAAGAGCAGGUGAAAAGCAUGAGCAUGUGUGUAUCGCUUGGAAGAAAGAGAAACCAGGUAUUCUGCUGUAGUUUGGAGAAAAAGCCACCGGAGGAAGAGACGAAAGUUGGCUCUGCAGAGUGCCUUAAAAAUGACUUUAAUUAGGAAAUUCUGAAUCGUCAGUCUUUGGAUGUUACAUAAACUCAAACAGAUGUUGCAUUUCACGUCUCUGGGAUUAAAAAAAGUUAAAUACAGUAUGUAUUCAACAACAAA